UCCAGAUAGUCAGGAAAGGGAGAGACCCUGAGGAAGACGUGGAGUUCAGGAAGGGCCUGAGCGUGGCCUUGUGCCCGUGACCUGCUCCUGGGGGCCAACAGGAGCAGCCAUGGAGGAAACCUACCUGCUGAACGUGGAAGGGGUCAGAAAGAAGAUUCUGCAUGGAGGCCAAGGGGAGCUGCCGAAGCUGCAGGAUGGGAGCAAGAUCACCUUCCACUUCCAGACGCUGAAGGAUGACUUUGAGCGGACGGUCAUUGAUGACAGCCGGGAAGCUGGCAUCCCCAUGGAGAUCAUCGUGGGCAAGAUGUUCAAGCUGGAGAUCUGGGAGACACUGCUCAGCUCCAUGAGGACUGGGGAGGUGGCCGAGUUCUGGUGUGACGCCAUUCACACAGGCAUGUAUGCCCUGGUCUCCAGGGGCAUGCGGAGGAUCGCAGAGGGCCGGGACCCCCUGGAAGGGCAGAAGCACCGCUGUGGCAUGGGCAACAUGUUUGACUACCAUAGCACGGGCUACGAUGACCUGGAUGAGCUGCAGCGGACACCGCAGCCCCUCAUCUUCAUCAUGGAGCUGUUCCGGGUAGAGGAGCCCUCAGCGUACAAACGUGACACGUGGGCCAUGAGCAAGGAGGAGAAGCUGGCGGCGGUGCCCGUGCUGCACAGCGAGGGCAACCGCCUCGUGCUCCGCAAGGAGUUCGCGCAGGCAGCAGCCAAGUACCAGGAGGCUGUCAUUUGCCUGAGGAACCUCCAGGCCAAGGAGAAGCCAUGGGAAGAAGGCUGGCUGAAGCUGGAGAGGUUGGUCACGCCGCUGGUGCUCAACUACUGCCAGUGCCAGCUGGAGCUGGGCGACUACUACGAGGUGCUGGAGCACACGACAGAGCUCCUCCAGAAACACAAAGGGGCUUUCCUCUCCUGGCAGACAAUGCCAAGGCCUAUUUCAAGCGGGCGAAGGCUCAUGCUGCUGUGUGGAACGAGCGGGAGGCACGGGAGGACUUCCUGCGGGUGGCUCACCUCGACCCCUCCAUGGCAGCCGCCGUGAAGAAGGAGCUGAAGCAGCUCGGGGAGAGGAUGA